CGGUUCUGUCCUUAACGGAUAGAGCAUCUUCACUUCAUCUCCAAUGUCUUCCUUCAUCUUGCAUCCUUAAACACAUUCCUGCAUCAUUCAUACUCAAGAACAUCUUCAACUCUCUCUCUCUCUCUCUCUACCCAGAAGAGAAAGUUAUGGUCAUUUUCUCAGUCUCACUAGCAGCUCCCACGCCAACCCUCCAAGACAGGACUUUUUCGACGUCUGCCGUGUUAACUUCAUCGCGUGAAAAGCGGGAAAGACAGAGGUUAUUGUACAAACAAAUGGAUGAGGGAUUGCAGGAUGCGAAUGUUUUGUGGCAUGAGGAGAGGAUGAAACGGAGGUUUCUGCUGUUCCUUUCGGUUUCUUCAGUCUUCUUUCCAAGUUCAUCUUCCACUGGAAAGACAAAGAGUAAAAACCCGUAUGAUGAGAGACGCUUGUUUGAACUCAAUAAGCGGAUACAGAAGGAAAAUAAUGCACCUGAAGACUUUCCAAGUUUCAUCAGAGAAGGUUUCGAAGUAAAGGUGGUAACUUCAGAUAAUUACAUUAAGAGGGACUCAGGACUUAUAUACCGGGAUUUUGAAGUUGGUACGGGUGACUGUCCAAAGGCUGGUCAGCAGGUAACUUUUCACUAUGUUGGCUACAAUGAGUCGGGAAGACGUAUUGAUAGCACCUACUUACAAGGUUCCCCUGCUAAAAUCCGUAUGGGCACCAAUGGCUUAGUUCCAGGAUUUGAGGAGGGAAUACAAGAUAUGAGACCCGGGGGAAAGAGGAGAAUCAUUAUUCCUCCAGAACUUGGACCACCGGUGGGACCUUCCACGUUUUUUAGCUCAAAACAGUUUGAAGUUUUUGAUGUUGAAUUGCUGGGCGUCAAGGAUUGCCAAAGGAGGACCAUAGGUUUCUACUCCGACGUGGUGUGCACUUGAAUGGAGGCUUGCGGUCUCUUUAUUGAGUCUUCCUGCAGAACGGAUCAGGAAUUGAGCAUGUUAGCCCAUCUGAUCCUUUGUCCACUCAUCAAGAGUGCUAGCGGAUGAUCCUGCUCCCAUGAACAAGAAGAUCGUUGUAAGGGAAGUUCUAUUUUGAUUGAGGGAUGAUCUUAUAUGGAAAAAUUGAGACUAAACUGAACACAACAGCUAACAGCUGUAAUUGGCUGAAGCAUAGUUAUUGGAGAAUAUGUUAAUCUUAAAAUGGUGUCCUUUUCCCUCUCUCUGGACUGCAACGAACGAGCAUAUGGUGAUGCUGAAAAUAUGGCCAUUGACAAAUCUUUGUCGAACUUUUGCUUUUCUA